AUGCAAUGCAUGUUCUACACGAGGAAGGCAUGGUGGCUGAUCGCAUUGGCUGUAUUAAAGCCUCAGAACGUCAUGAGGUUGUCGUGUACGAAAACAGAGGAUAAAACCUCAACUAUCUCGUCAAACAUGACUUCACAGCUGCAGCCACUUAUGUCGACUGUUGGGGACAUCCCAUUGCAAAUCCAGAAACGCAAAGCGGGUCAGACCGUCUUCAAGAAAAAA